CGAGCUGAAAUUUAAUUUUGCAUAACUUUUUAGGAAUCUCGUGACAAUGCGCGAUCUUUUACUUCAACGGAAGCACAAACGGAACUCCCAUUGCAAGGUGGUUCAGAAACGCUCGAAGAUCUCGAUGGUGCUCGUGGUGCUCGUCGAAGAGAGAGACGUAUGAGAAGACAAUACCGUCGAGCUUUAAGGUCAUGUUCGAUGCCACCAUCUUAUCCUGGAACAUCAGCGGGAUGUCAGGCAUCUUCAACCGCUCCUGGAGUACCAUUAGUUACUCCUGCUAGAGGAUUUUUACAUAUUCCACCACCUCAUUUGGGUCUUAGAGGUCUUAGUCUUGGUCUACCAUUUCCGGUUUCGACCAGUGUCUCUCCAUUUGGACGGGACGCAGUACCGAAGCAAUGUUGUGGCCUUGGUUCCCCUCCUGUACGCUGGUCCAUUCUGGGUGUCGGCGUAGUAGGUCUAGUAUGUGCGGGUGCUGGUGCCCUGCUAGGGGCCCUCAGAGCUUCUGGCCGCGAUCAUAUUGCUGUUGCACUCCUUAUGAUCGGUAUAGGAGUGGUUCUGGUAACGGUAAGCGCUGUAGCGUGGCGAGUGACCAGUCGAGAAAAUUGCAGCAGUUUCUUUGGUUUCACGGGAAUCUCGAGCAGAAUCCCACCAGCGAGGCCAAUACAUCCAUACGCUGCCAUGAUUUAUCCGGAAUUCCAAUUUAGAACGCCACCUCCGAGUUAUCAGGCAAGCAUGCAAGAAUACAGACUUAGACUGCUCCUUUUGGAUCGAUUGCAGCCAACAUCUUCACCUCCACCGACUUAUAGAUCGAAUGCUGGAAGCAUUGUGAAUCCUGGCAUGAUUAGAGAAAGCAGACCACCGAGCUAUUGCACUAGAUCGAACGUUGCAUCAAACACGAAUGUCACGCCAUCGAAAAAAGAUGCGAAUCUCGUUAGAAUCGUUCAAACUGAAUCGGAACCGGUAAUUUUGAAUGGCGAUCAAACGCCUCCGAUAGCUGCUGUUGAAGUGCUCGCACAUCUCUGAUUUACUUUCAUCGUUUUAUAAUUACGAUUUAUUACUGUUGCAAAAACAUUGUUGCGUUUAACGAUAAAAUUAUAAUCAAUAAUUUUAUAAAAAUUAUGAAUCAC